AUGGACACGAGCUACCUCGCCCAGCAGGUCACGACCAUCAUCGGCCAGCUGCACGGCUUGUUCGAUGAUAUUGGUGUCCCCAGCCAUGAGCGCGAUUCGCGCGAAGCAGAGUUGUUCUCGGCCCUGUCCGAGACGCUCCACAGCCAAUUGCGACAAGUCACCAACGAGAAGCAUGAGAUGACUGAAGAGGCGCAUCGCCUGCUCAAGACCAUCAGGCAGAUGGAGGCGUCGCUGGAGGACAACAAGCCCAACCCCAACUACGAGGAGCACGACGACAAGGCCAUCACCUUCCCCCUGACGCGCUGCCUCAAGGACCUGAAGGAGCGAUACAGCUCAGUCAGCAAGGUGCACAAGGAGCGCUUUGAGCAAGUCAGGAAACUCGCCGAAGCCCUCGAAUCGUAUGCGUCGCAUCUAGAACCCUCUUUCAUCAAGAUCAAACUCCCGCCCACCGCGCCCAACGCUACCGUUUCGCCCUCCUUCGAUAUCUCGCCCUCCUACGUCUCUAAGCUAGACAACGAGUUCACGCGCGUAUACGAGGAAUACACCAGGCGCAUAGACACAGUCAAGACCAUCUGCCAGGAGAUUAUCCAGCUGUGGGCUGAACUCGGCACGCCACAAGCGCAAACUGACAGCGCAAUCGUACAGUGUCAUCGCGACGCGCCUGAACAACUUGGCCUACACAAGGACGAUCUCGCGCAACUUAAGGAGAAGAAGGAGCGACUCAUCGAGGAAAAGCGCGGUCGCGAACGACGAUUGGGGCAGCUGCGUACAACCAUUGAGGAACUCUGGGAUCGCCUGGGUGUUGAAGAGCGCGAGCGCAAGCAGUUCCUCACUAGCAACCGCGGAUGCGGCCUGCGCACCAUCAACGAGUACGAGGACGAGCUAGCCAGGCUGAAUGAGUUGAAGCGCCAGAACCUACACUUGUUUGUGGAGGAGGCGCGUGUCCAGCUCCAAGAACUCUGGGAUGCGCUCUACUUCUCAGAAGAAGAGAUGCUUGACUUCACGCCUGCCUUCUCCGAUGUAUGUAGUGACGCCCUGCUCGCCGCACACGAAUCUGAAAUCGCACGUCUUGAAGCGCUCAAGGAGCAGCGACUGCCAAUACUACAGAAGAUUGACCGCCAUCGCGAGCUGAUCCAGGAGCGCGAUGAGCUCCAGCAAUCCAGUCAGGAUGCGACCCGUCUAAUGGCGCGUGGAAACAAGGGCGAGAGGCGCGACCCAGGCAAGCUCCUGCGCGAGGAGAAGAUGCGAAAGCGCAUCGCAAAGGAGCUGCCCAAGAUUGAAACUGACUUGAGAGUCACACUUGAAAGCUGGGAAGACGAAUACGGACGCCCUUUCCUGGUCCACGGCCAACGAUACCUCGACGAACUCUACGCUGCUGCACAAAAAGCAGCCCCACCACCUCGCGCAAAGACACCCUCCAACAGCGGCAUGCCUACCAAACCCGCAACUGUUGGGAGGUCCUCACAAGCACCUAGUCGUGCCGGAACAGUUCGUGGUGGUGCACCGCCAAGCCGAUCGAAAACUCCUGUGUCAAACUUCGGGCAAAGCGUAUCCGCUGCAAGCAUGUCGCGUAACAACUUUGCUCAGUCUGUCGGUCCAUCGCAAUUUGGUGCUUCGGUGUCGGCGGCAUCUGCGCAAAAGAGUCCUUCCAAGAUUCCUUCUCGUACUGGCAUGAAUGGCACAAUGAACGGCAGGAUGUCACCAGAGAAACGGCCACAGCUGUCACGGGAAGACUCUGCAACAAUGCGGAAGAUGGCGCCACCCAUGGCUCCUCCUCCACGCAUGAAGGAUCUGUUCGUACCGCCAGAGCCCUCACCCGUGGAGACACCAAUGAACCGUUUCGAGUUCAACCGUGGAGAGCGCAGCGAGAGCAUCGUGCGCCAAGUGGCACCAGAAGACCCCUACGAUGACCGAUCGUACUUGGGCCGUACCAUGCGCGGAGCCUACACACCUACAUAUGCACCGCCAUCACUAUCCUCCGCCAGCAGUAGACAAAUAUCGCAAACCUCGUCCACUGGCACUGCCGCUACCGGCAUGACCAUGCAGUCCGGCUCAGAGAACUGGGAAACGUUUAGUGAACAAUCCGAUGAGAUGCCAGAGGAGGAAGUAGACUUCCACGCCUACAGGCGGCAGAUGAAGCGCUACACACCCGACGGAGGCCAUGGUGUAGCUAGCCCCGGUCGCAUACAAGGCAAGAAAGUCCGCGGCAUACGCAGCGUCGACACGGGCGAGCUCCUGACAGAGCAAGACGGUCGCAUGGUACGGGUUAUCGAAGGCUCAGAAGCGGGCUGGACGACCGACGGCGACGACAGGUACUGA